AUGCCAUUCCGCAAGGACUUUCUCUGGGGUUUCGCUACUGCCUCUGCGCAGAUCGAGGGUGGGGGUGCUGAGUCCGAGGCAGCGUCGGGCAGGGGUCCAUCUAUUUGGGACAAGUACUGCGAAACGCCCGGCAAGAUCGAGGAUGGUUCGCAUGUCAACAAGACCUGCGCUCAUCUUGACAACUACAAGGAGGAUGUUGCCCUCCUCGCGAAAUUAGGCGUCAACUCGUAUCGCUUCUCCAUCUCUUGGCCAAGGAUCAUCCCCAAAGGCGGUCGGAAUGACCCUGUCAACGAAAAGGGUCUACAAUUCUACGACAACCUCAUCGAUGAGCUGCUCAAGUACAACAUCAAGCCCAUGAUCACUCUUUACCACUGGGACCUCCCGCAAGAGCUUCAAGAUCGGUACGGCGGCUGGCUCAACCAGGAGGAGAUCGUCAAGGAUUACACCCACUACGCCAAGUUGUGCUUCGAACGAUAUGGCGAUCGCUGCAAGCUCUGGUUGACCUUUAACGAGCCGUGGUGCGUUGCUGCGCAUGGGCACUAUCAUGGAAAGUUCGCACCGGGUCACACGAGCGAUACCGAGCCCUGGAUCGUCGGUCAUUCGCUUCUCAUCGCUCACGCUACCGCCGCCAAGCUCUACCUGAGCGACUUCAAGCCGACCCAGAAGGGUAUCAUCGGCAUCACGCUCAACGGGGAUUGGACCGAGCCGUAUGAUGAUUCCCCAGAGAAUGUCAAAGCCGCGCAGAACAAGAUGGACGCUGCGGUCGGAUGGUUCGCCGAUCCGAUCUACCUCGGUCACUACCCGGAAUCCAUGAAGGAGAUGCUCGGUGAUCGUUUACCGGAGUUCACGCCGGCCGAGCUGGAGCUGCUCAAGGACUCGUCAGAGUUCUUUGGUGCGAACACCUAUACGACCAACAUCGUUCAGGCGGGCGGGACGGACGAGGCGGCGGGCAAGGCCAAGUUGGGAUUCGUGACCAAGGAUGGGGAGACUAUCGGAUGGGAAUCGUCGAUGGACUGGCACAGGGCUGUACCGUGGGGAGUGAGGAAGUACAUUACCUACCUCUGGAACCGCUACCAGAAGCCCAUCUAUAUCACCGAGAAUGGCUACCCUACUCCAGGCGAGUCGAGCAUACCAAAGGAUCAAGCCAUCCACGAUGAUCUCCGAGUCAAGUUUUAUGAUGGGUACCUCACCAACCUGCGCGAUGCGGUUGAGCAGGACGGCGUAGACCUGCGCUCAUACUUUGCCUGGUCGUUCCUCGACAACUUUGAGUGGAAUUCGGGUCUGAUUCCCCGGUUUGGGUGUGUGUAUACCGACUACGAGACGUUUGAGCGCACGCCCAAGGACUCGGCGUAUUGGUUGGGCAAGUUCUUCAAGGAGAACAUCACGGCGUGA